AAUUAUAAGACUGAUACGAUAUACACAGUAUAGCAGAUAUUCAAACAUGUUUUAAUAAAAAAAAUAAUUAAUUAUUUUUUCCAAUCUAACUUUUGUCAGCUACUGUACGGGUGUAGCUGUCAAUUUCGUCGACAGUACAAUUUAGAGGUUAUGUUUCUUUUAAAAAAUUAACGAAUACUUAUGAAUUUUCCAUUUAUUUGUAAAAAUGUCAACUGUAAAUGAAAAACAAGAAUGUCCACUACUACCAGAGUUAUUGAAACAUAUGAAAUCAGGUUCGAAAAGUGGAAUAUCCUCGUGUCUAGAACGACUUAAAAACGAACCGAACUGCUAUAAGCAGUUCACAAAAGAUGCUGGACUAGGCAUUUUAGUAAAUUUACUUCGUUUUCAUAAUCUAAGAAUACUGAACAUGACUCUCAGUAUUCUGGCAAAUGCAUGUAUAAGUUCAGAUGCAAGAGAAAAGGUCAGAGGAUCUAAAAUAGCAAAUCGUGUAGUUUCGAUAAUUAAACAUAUCAAACUAGAAAAUACUCUACACUGCCGAGCUUGCAGAUUGAUUGGAAAUUUAUCAGAAUGUGAUUGGCAUGCUAAAUCAUUGUGCGAAGCUGGUGCAGUUCAAGCUUUAGUUAAUCUUCUGCAAUUGGAUACAAAUAUGCAAACAUAUUUAAUGGGUGUUAGAGCUAUAAGGAAUAUUUGGAGUAUGCAUGAAGGUAGCAGGGAAGAAAUCAUGGAAUCUGGAAUAAUUUAUAGAAUUACAAGUCUAUUGGUGUUGGCAAAGGAAAAGUCAGAAACAAAUUCUAAAUAUUUAGAGUUAAUUGAAGCUUGUUUAAAAGCAAUGUGUGCUUUUUUGGGUACAGUAGAUCCUCGUAUUAGAGAACAAAUGAGAGGAGAGAAAGAUGUACAAGGUUACAAAUGCAUUGUACAAUGUUGUGAUACAAAUAAUAAAAUGGCAAUUAAGUGUCUGUACAAUCUCUGCCAAAUUGCAGAAUGUCGACCCAUUUUGGGAAAUUUUGGUGCUGUUGAAUGUCUUAUUGCUCUCAUAAAAGAUCAUUCAGAACUGUCUAAAGAAACAUUAGUUAGUCUGUGCUUGUUUUCUAGAGAAGCUGUAAACAGAGCAAAAAUUAGAAUGGGAUCUGGCUUAGAAUUAAUAUUAACUUUAUUGAAAGAUCCUGAUAAUGAAAAGUAUCAUCCUAUGUUAUUACAUGCACUGACACAAUUUGUUUAUGAUGAUCCAAGUAUAGUAAUAAUGGUGAAAAACGGUUUGCUUGAUAUUUUAGUUGCCAGAUUAAGAAAAAUGGUGACUGAAACAAUAUAUGAUGAGGAAAUUAGUGUUUCAAGGAAAAGGAGUAAUGAUUCUCCUCCAAGUAAACAAACAGAGUUCAAAUUUAACAAAACUAGUGCAGGACGAUUUAGUUUAGAUUACUAUCGUGACGAUUGGAGUCCAGGCAGUGCUUCUAGUGUUUCUUUCUCGCCUCCUAGUACACCACCAUUACCUUUUUAUGAUUCAAUAGAAAACGAUGAAAACACUGAAGAUAAUUACAGUCCCGUUUGCAGCGAUACAGAAUUUAUGGAUAACGAAGAUGAGCCUCAAGAAGAGGUGGAAUCAUUGAAAAGUUGUAAAUCAAUAACUAUAAACAUAGAAGAAACUCAAGAUUCGGAUAAAGGAAAUAAAUCAAAUGCUUGUGAUUAUACAAACGACUGGACAUUAGUACUAUUAAGUCGACUAAGUCAUUCAAAUGACCCAAUCGACAGAUUAGCCGAUCCUACAAUCAUUGAAGCUUUAACAGCUUACAUUAGAUGUGCCAAAAAUCAAAGAGCAUCUAGAAUUUUAACUAGAAUUAUAAGAAAUGGAGCAUAUUUAAUACCAUUAUUAAAACAGGGUUUUGUUUUCGAAGCUCAGACAUUAUAUGGUUCAGAACAAUAUACGAGACAGUUAUGUGCACUAGCAGAAACCGGCGGAGCAGUAGGUGAACUUACGUCGAUAUUGCUUCGUGGAGAAGAAGCGCACAAAUCUGUCAUUGCAGUCUCAGUACCAUUCCUAAUUAGAUCACGAUACAUUCUCAAAUCUUUAUUGAAUAGUUACGGUGGUCUUCGAUUAAUAUUUCGCGUACUUUCUGACCAACAACACAGUCUUUAUGAGAAUGCUAUUUGGUCAAUUUGUCAACUAGCGAACACUCUAGAAAUUCAACCUGAAAUAGUAGAAAAGUGUCAGAACACAGAUACUGCUUCGACUGAUUUUCCAACAGUUUACGACAAUCAUCCAAAACCUGCAACGGUCACGUUUGAAUUGGACGAUGGUACAACUGUCGAUGCUUGCAGGCAAACGCUAUGCCAAAAAUCUGACGUUUUUUCUGCGAUGCUUGAGGGAAACUUUUCUGAAUCCGGGAAAAAACGUGUCAAGCUACGAAAUACGUCCAAGGAAAGUCUUAACACAUUGUUGCUUGCUGCGAACGGAGCAACUAUUCAAAAUAGAACUAUUGAGUCUUUGUUAGACGCUGUUUUACUGGCUGACAAGUUUCUGAUGGCUGAUAUAUCAGAAAUUUUAACGGAGAGUUCGAUAUCCAGAUUAAACUACAAAAAUUUUAGCAGAGCUUGGAACUGGGCUAGGUUAAAUUCUUGCCAUGAGUUGAAAACUUGUUGCGUGAAAAGCUUUUUAACUGCAUCUAUGACAAAGUCUGAAAGAGUUCAAGCGUUCCAAGGUUUCUCUACCACCGGAAGUUUUCACGAGUUUUUGGACGAAGUGAGAGAAAUUAUUAAUAACGUUCUGUGCCAACGUUAACGAUAAACGUAUUUUAUAUAAUUGUGAUACUUAGUAGAAGUGAUAGCGUCCAAUCAUUUAAUCUUCAUUCUUUAAUUAGGAUGCAAUUAAUAAGACUUUUAUAUUGUAAAAUAUUUUAUUCAAUCUAUACCCUAAUCGUGCUUAUUGUGAAUAUAUUUUAAAGCAAGGGAUUGAUGUAUAUUAAUAAUUUUGUGAGCAUCCUUUGAUGCACUGAAAUGAUAAAUAAUUGUACAUAUAUAAUAGCCAAGAUAUAUAAAAUCUGGUUCAUUCGAUUCUAGCAUAUACGGAUAAAAUAUAUAAAUGCUUCAUGAUGAAAAGGAAAAUGAAUAAAAUCAAAAGUACGAAUGGAACA